AUGGCUGCUAGACCUCCUACCUUCCGCCUGUUUUGGCACCGAUUAGCCGGGGCUUCGGCUCGAAACGGCUGCCAGGCAGACGUGGCCUCCACAUGGCGCUCAUUUGUAACGAGCGCUCCGCGAUCAGCUCGUGGAGCAAAGCCAUCCCCACGAAACGCCGUCCCAGGCUCGAGUGUUCCGGUGGGAUCAAUAGGCCGGCUAGCGCUUAAGGUCGCAAGAGAAGGCGAUGUCGUUCUCUUCAAGGCACCCUCCCAUCGCACGUACAUCAUGAGCGCAUACGGUCUGUCGGCAUUCUGUUUCGCGUAUGCCCUGUUCAACUCCAACGACGUUUUUCGCGAUGCUCAAAUUGAGCGCCCCGUUUGGCAGAAGGGAUUGUUUGGUGGUAUUUGUGUGACAAUGAGUGUCAUGGGUACGCUGUUCCUCGUGAGAACGGGCCAUUUGGUUCGGAGUAUCACCGCCGUCAAGUCUAACAACCAGACUCACAUUCGUUUUGCGGUGCGGCGCAUGAUUCCUUUCACAAAGCCUUACCAAUUUGAGGUUUUGCCAUCGGAAGUUUCCAUUUCCCGGCGGUUGGUGGUCUCGCAGGAUUCGAAACAGCGGUUUGAGGGGGAUAGCAAGAAGGUUGGCUCAGCACAGGACCCGCGGCCGGGUUUCUUCAAAGCACCCGUCCAGGCCAUGAGUGUUGGUAUCUGGAAGAUGUUUAUGUCUAUGCGACAGAUCUUUACUGGUGAAGAUUUCAUUCUCAUGAAGGUUGAGGGCCGCAAGCAAACUUUCCGGGUGGAUUCCAAUGGGUUUGUGUCUAAUGAUUUUAUGGCUCUGGGUAACCCGGUGCAGUUCAAGAGGUCUUGA